AUGAGUCUUGACACCACCGGAUACGUGGCCUACCAGUACGACCACGCCCAGGCCCACCAAAACGCCCGAAGUAGUGCCGCCAACACCACCUCCACCCUCCACCAGCGCCACCAUCCCAGUCACAACAUUGACCCCACUGGAAGCUUCGCCAGCCCCAAAAUCCCCCACAACACAGCUCCACAAGCCCCCAGGCAGCCCCAGCACCCUGGCGUCAUUCCCUCCCGACAGUCGCCCGAGUUCUACGCCUCGUCCAAGGUGCCCCACCAGCCCUACCAGUACUACCAGAGUGAGUGGGUCGAAAGUCCCAACCUCUCGCCAGCCAAGUUGCCCCAGUACUACGAAGAAAUGACCACCAUCCAGCUCCAGCAACAGAAAUACGACACCCCGCUGAAACUGAAGACGUUCAGCUACAUCACUCCUGUCAGCGCCCACAAGGUCAACGACGUGAUGGUCAACGAAAAACACCUCGACGACGAGACGUCAUCCACGUCCUCCGAGGAGCCCCCCACCGUGAGCACCGAGGCAGUCGCUACCACAGUCGGCGCCUGGGAUGUUUUCUGGGUGAUGUUGAACGAUAUCACCGGUAAGGAUAAGCUCGCCAAAGUGGGCCAGUAUGUAUUAAAAUUGCUUCUCCUCAAAGCGGAACAGUCGCAGUCAUAUCUCAGCGACUCCACCAUCAACAUCAACGCCAUCAACCUCAGAUACAAUGAUAAGGAGAAACGGUUGAACUUGAUCCGCAACUUCAUCAAACAUCCCCAGGAUUUCAUCAGAGUGAUUUCCAUCUUGGUUUGUUCUAUUUUCCAAUCAAAACUUGCAGGCAUGGUUAACGGAUUAUCCACAUAUAGACAAUACUUGAGGUUUGGUAAGAGUCCGUUCAGAUUAAGAGGAUUGCUCAACAAAUUAAGAACUAAUAUCAAUUUCAAAAAUGCAAAUGUCAAAAUCAACUACACCAAAAUCUUCAAUAGAACCACGCUCGGUGAAUUCUUUGGUCUUUACUACAGUAUUUUCGAUGAAACAAACUUGCUCUUGAAGUUGAACUUCUACUCGGACCCAAGAAUCAAACAAAUCUCCGCAAGACACGAAGCCUUGGCUUGGUACUACGAUACCUGGUUGAACUUGUACAACGCCUAUGAAAAAUCGCAAGACUUGACCCAACAGGAGAUGGAUGUCAAGAUUCAAAUACAAGUAAAGAAUAAGGCCAAGGUGUUGUCCAGACAAUUGUUAGGUGGUAACCCAAUUCAAAUCAACAAUAAAUCAACAAGCAAAGCAUCAAAGGAAGACGCAAAGCUCUUGAAUGAUAUUCAAUUCAAGAAGAACAAUGCUUACUUGGAUAUCUAUAAGAAUAUCUCCGAUCUUAUAUUCAACUCAUAUACUGUGUUCAACUUACGUUUGCCGUUUGAUACCAUUCAAAUUUGGAUGGGUAUCAGUGCCGCCUCGUUAAGCACGAUUAAAAUCUAUCGUGAGACCAAGAAGAAGUUGAUCGAAGAUGAAAUCAAGAAGAGAAAAUAG